UUCCUGACGAGAACACUUGACAAAGAAAACUCGAGGAGUACGUGAUUAUUGUUAUAAACGGAGUCCUGGAAACAGUAAGUACUUUCGUUACAAGUACAUUUAACAUUUACUGUCGAUGCAAACUGCGUUUAGGAUAUUUCAAAACAGUUACAACAAGCAGAACACCACAGCACACCGUUUUGGACGAGAGAAAUUUGCCGGCUUCGUGAAACAUUCUAUACUUUAACCGAUUUAAUUUCUCAUCCACUGAUCAUUAUCGAUGGUAUUUCUCUUUUUACGGACUUGAUGCAAAAAUGCUCAAACAAAGGUUGAAGCGCGACAAACAACAUCGCACAACGGUUGUCUACUUGCCGUUUCGAACAAUGCUGUCUGUUACGGACCGCGCCCGAAAAUUUACGAAUAUACUCCCUAUCAAAACUGGUGGUGUAUUUUACAAUAUAUUAUAUCACGUUCAAAAUAUUCCCCAGCAAACUGCAGGAGAGAUACCAUUUGUUCCACGAGUUCCCAUUUUUGUUAUGCAACAGAUCGUUUUAUGUUUCCAAUCCAAUUUUAUGGCUAUUAGUGUAUUUUGUCGAGACCGCAAACCACAAAAUUCGUCGCGGCGUUAAGUUGCCCUCUGCUAUGUGGAAUUUGCCACCGUAACGAAUCUAAGAACGUCAUUCAAGAAUAAAAUCACUUCCCUUUAAUCUGCAACAAUCAAUCGUUGUAACUUAUGAAGCAAAGUCUCACCACGUGCUGUGGUGUUGCGUGACUUACGGAACCCCCGGAUCCUUCCUCUGUUCACGCCCCUACUUCAGCCCCUGCUUACUAAAUGCCUUGACCAGUAGUUUUAAAAGUAUAAAACCUUUCUUAUAUUAAAGUCUUGGUAAAAGAAAUUUGAAAACAGGUAAAAACAGGAGUGGUGAACCGCAAUGCGACUUGAUUUAAGUUGAACAACCUGACAUCGGACGAAAACAGUGAAUAGUCAUUCAGUGAUUCAGUCAACUUUAAUCCUCUGUAACAUCACGAUCUGAGCCAUCACAGUUGUCAGAGAGAAGUAGUAAAUUUGCUGUAUAAAAGCGUGAAAAAAACACCCGUUUUUUUAGAGACGUUAUAUAAUCUUCUUGCUGCUCCUAAGUAAGCAACAUUGAUUGGUUCGAUGUCAGGGGUGUGUGUGGCAUUGAGUUUUGUAUUUAAAAAAAAAGAACAAUAAAGGAUAGUGCUCUUUUUGUCUUAUUAUCAACAAAAGCUGUGUCAUAGGGAUGUGGGAAUUUUGGCAGAAAUGACACCCCAUAGUUAAGUGGCUCGGUAAUCUAAAAUCCAACCAUAAAUGGAAAGGUAUAUGCAACUUGCCAUUGUCAAAGAUUGGAAAACAACAGUUUAAUCCUAACUGAAAGCAGUUCUGACAUGACACACCAACGAGCAUCACGUUUUGUGUACAGCUCUGAAAUUUGCAUAGUGUAAAAACAGACUGGAGCCUGGUCAGGGGCACCCAAGGGCAAUUUUCGGGAAAAUAUCUGUUCGGAAGACGAUUUGAGAUCUAGAAUUUUCGGAGCAUUUGUUGUAAAUUUCUUGCUUGCCUGCCUCUCCUAGGAUUUUCGAACAUAUACAAAAUGGUAUAAUUACCCAUUUUUAACGUAUUUUGACCCUAAAAAAGGCCACCUAGAAUUUUCGGGAGCCUUUUCCUGGCUGAAAUUUUCGAGAAAGUAAGUUUUUAUCCCUAUAAUUUUCGGAUCACUAGACUUUCAGCUAGGAAAUCCGAACAGAUGAAAAAGUUUUAGGGGAUAAAAAUAUGCCUAUAUUUACCGUUUGAAUACUAAAAUACGUUCAACAAUGCUAUGUUAAGUGGUUUUGAACUAUAUCCUCGUUGGGUGCCCCUGCCUGGUCUCCCGACUCUCAAAUUUAGACUCUAGUCUGUUUGAGUUAAGGCUUAGUUGAUAACAAAUGAAGAUUUUGACUCCCGAAGGAUGUAAGUAUUUUGUUGUAACAUUGAUUAUUGUGGUUUUUGGCUAGUGAUAUGUUAGACGUAAAAAGAACCUGAUAACUUCAAAUUACAAUUACUAGGACCCCAUGGGUUCCUUCAAUGACAGAUAAAGAGAAUUCAUCUUACCCUGCGUAUGAAAAAAGAACAAAAAACCUAUCUAUAAUCGAGUGAUCGUAAUUUUGUUUUGUUUCACCUUUUUGUUUACCUAAGAAACAGGGACUGAAGUCCAGAGUCCAGCGUCCAGUCCAGAUUUUAAGCUACGCUACGAGAGGCCAAAGUUCUUACUUUCCACGUGUCUUUUACGUGUGUGUUUCCCUGAAUAUAAACAAGAAUCAAUAAGAGCUGAGCCAUUUUCGGGUCAGUGAUUCUUUGAUUGCUAUUCCAGACAGAACCUUGAGAGAACCUUGCAAAAGGUUAGUAACAUGUGUUGUUGUAACUUUUGAAAUUUAGCUCUUUCGAUGCAAAUUGCGUUAAGAUCUAGCGACCAAGUCACCGAUCCUCAUUAAAUGGCUUUAAUCGUGGUGUCGCUGAGAACAAAUCCAACCGCAGAAGAUUUAUGAAUUUCAAUUUUGAAAUAUCGUCUGUAUUUUACAGUAAAGGAGUUUAUAUUUUCUUACCAUUUUAAUAUUUUCUGGCAAACUGUGCAUGGACAAGAUACAUGUCAAGCUGCAUGUUCAAUUGUCCUUUUUCUCCUUAUUAUUCAUUUACAUUCUCAUCAGCAACAUGUAAAUAUUGUUGACCACCCUCCAUAAACUGAAUUGUUACAUCUGUCAAUCGAAUAAACCACAUGCAGCCCCUCUUUAGUCCAGUUAGUCCGUUGAGCGAAACGACGCUUUGUUUACUUUCUUAUCAGUAACAUGUAAAUAUUGUUAAACACCGUCCAUAAACUGAAUUAUUACAUCCGUUAAACGAAUAAAACACAUGCAGCCGCGCUUUAUAGUCCAGUUAGUCCGUCGAUCGAAACGCAGGUAAUCGCGGAAAAGCAUACCUCAGAAGUGUUGCUGAUGCCGCUUUGAUUUCAAUGUAAGAAUUAAGUUCGAGGCAAGCACGGCAGAAACCUGGCGGCUAAACUGGGCGAAAAAGUGCCCCGUUGAAGAAAAACAAGGCUGCCCGCAGUUCAUUAGAGGAACUUUCUUAUUAAAGAGUAGACGUAAUCCCCCGGGCAUAAGCAUCGUUUUCUUCCCUGCGGCAGUGCUGGGCGGGGACGAAAAGAGGAGGUGCCCCACCUCACGUCGCGUCCAAUCAACACGUCACUGCAGCAUUUUUUUUUAUUGCACGGUGAAGUAGUGCCAUUUUCAGCAUUUCAGUGAGCGAUUUUUCGCUGUUAGGUAAGUCAUCCCCUGGGUCUAUUAAUUAAAUGUUUGUUACAGCACUAGCCAUUAACAAGGACGUCAACGCAAACACCAGCUUGUGAUUCUCAUUUUAUUGUUGUUGUUUCUCUCGUUUUAACUGUCUCGUUGGUAAAAAAAAUUCUCAUUGAAUAGUGUGUUGUAAUGUCAGCUGUUUUGAAUAUUGUCCUUACUAAAUUUUCUUCAAAUCCUUAAUCAUUCAUCAGAAGAUUGAUUCAUGUCGCUAUAACACUUCUGGCUUGAUGAGCAAUGAAAGAAAAAUGGCCAUAAAAUCGAGAAAACAUAAAAUUAAAACCUCUACACGUUUUUUUAGUCCUUGACAAACGAGCUGAUCUGCUUGCCUUUUCCUAUAAAUUUCUCCAUAUGUGGUGUGAUGUUUGGAUUUCGAGUCGGUAACCCUGUGCUUGUGAAAAGCCCGGGGGUAGCCCGGGCGGGGUUGGCAAAUGCACGAACCUCGGGUCGCACAAAAUUUGCGAGUACCAGACCAAGGCGCCCAAAUGCCCCGCACUUGCCGGGGUUGUGCGCAGCAACUUGCAUUUCAUGUUAACCGUGUAUCCUGUAUUUACGGCAUUUACAAGAGCAAGUGUUUUUACUCAUUUUACAUUUUUAAUAGCAGUAUAGUGUUGAUAUUGUUGUAGACACUGGCCAGCCCGCAAGCGAACAGCGAAAAGCGUACUAGCGAGUGGCGAAACCGCGAGGGGUGGGAAAGAUGUCGCGUGACCUUUCGCGAUAUCCCCCAAGUGGAGAACUUGCUUGUAGGUUAUUAAAGUAAACACUAUUUAUUCCUACGUGACCUAAGGAAACCUAGGGUCGCGUCGGUCUCUUAAAGACUAAGUCAUGUACUACUAUUAUUGGUUGUCGCAUGUGCCACAAUACAUGUAAACAACGUUAUUUAUGUUUUGGCUUAGUUCUGAAAAUAGGGUCGCAAAACGCACUUACUCAUAAACUUAACAAAGUCACGACUUCGUGUCAAACAAAUAUGUUUCCAAAGUUCAAACGUGACAAACAGCAAAAGCGAACUUUGAAAAACUGUAAGGCUUACAAUUUUCAAAAAUUACGAUUGCAAUCCGUUUUAAUUUUCGUUGGCCUUUUCUGUAGUAUUUUACCUUGAGUUAAUGCUUUUAAUGCUUUUUGUUUCACUCAAUUUGGUGUCAGUUCCUAUUGAUACAGCUGUCAAGGAUUUAACUACGAGUAGCCCCACCUUAAAUUUCCAGGAACACCUUUCUCACUUCCCUCCGUAAUGAAACCCAAGAGAGCACAACGAACACAAGUUUCUCCGUUGAGAUUCUUAUUUCUCUGAGCUACAAUUAGAAUAGCUACAUUCUUGAACUCUGCUAAAAAUAUAUAUAGUGGGUUACAAAUGGCGCUGAUCGGCCUUCGCGUGCCCUCAUCCUUAAUUUUGGGGGCAUUGGAGGUUGCUGUUCCACUUUAAUCUGUCCUAGACUGUAGACCGCAAACAGUCGUCUUGUUUGUUGAUAGUUUGUUUGUUUGGUUUUUCUUCCUUUCAAAAUCGGUUUUUCAGCUCUUAGCGCGGAAACCUCACACCGGCUCCAAGCAGUCGAAAAACCGAUUUGAAAAAACAAACAAACACGUCAAACGCGCGCGUCUCUCUCCAGUCUCACUCUCCGUUUUUAGCCCCGCUCUGGCCGGAGGGGGGUGGGGGGGGGGGGGUUUAGCUUGAAUUUCAUCCGAUUACUUCGAGUCGUUUUUGAGAGGAGAAAACGACUCGAAGCAAUCAGAUGAAUUUCAGGCUAGCCGGGGGGUCAAUUUAAUAAUACUUUUACAACUGUAAGUGCGGCUAUUAUCUUUUAUUAAAUUGACCUCUGGACUAUCCUUUCACUGUUCGUGCGAUCUUGACCUACGCAAAAAUACGGACUGUUUUGCAGUCAAUAAGCUAGCCGAAUAUUGGGAUAAAUACUUCAUUUGUCGCUUUACGGUUUUCGGCAAUUAUGAACAUAUUACUAAUUGUGUCAUUUUGUUCUCUAGCAAAAUGGAAGAGUUCAGGUCACCUGAAGAGUUCAUGCAAUACGUGACGAAAAAGAAUCCUGGAGAAGACGAAUUUCACCAAGCAGUAGAGGAAGUUGUCAGGUCAGUGUGGGGAUUUAUUGAAGAGAAUCCUGUAUAUAAGCAACAAAGCAUCCUGAAAAGAUUGGUAGAGCCAGAGAGGGUAAUAAUCUUCAGAGUUCCUUGGAAAGAUGAUAAAGGCAACAUACAAGUCAACCGUGGAUUCCGAGUGCAGUUCAACUCUGCCCUCGGCCCUUACAAGGGUGGUCUUCGUUUCCAUCCCACAGUGAAUCUAGGAAUUUUGAAAUUCUUAGGUUUCGAGCAGAUCCUCAAGAACAGCCUCACAACUCUCCCCAUGGGUGGCGGCAAAGGUGGCUCUGAUUUUGAUCCCAAGGGAAAAACUGACAGCGAGGUGAUGAGUUUCUGUCAAUCAUUUAUGACGGAACUACAGAGGCACGUUGGUCCGAACACAGAUGUUCCUGCUGGGGACAUUGGAGUAGGGGGCCGGGAGAUUGGAUACCUUUUCGGACAGUACAAGCGGAUCCGAAACGAGUUUACUGGUGUGCUGACAGGAAAAGGAAUAGGCUGGGGCGGAAGCUUGCUUCGUCCAGAAGCUACUGGGUAUGGCCUCCUGUAUCUAGUUCAGGAGAUGCUCAACUCCAGUGGUGACAGCAUCAAGGGUAAACUUGUCGCCAUUUCCGGCUCUGGAAAUGUUGCCCAGUUCGCGUGCGAGAAAGCCACUCAACUCGGCGCCAAGGUAAUCACACUGUCAGAUUCAAAUGGAACCAUUCACGAUCCUGAUGGCAUCACGGCGGAGAAACUGGCAUACGUGCUUGAGCUGAAGAAUGUCAAACGAGGGCGCAUCCGUGAGUACGCUGAGAAAUACGGCGUGACUUACUUCGAAGGAAAGAACCCGUGGUCCAUAAAGUGCGACGUGGCUCUUCCUUGUGCCACACAGAACGAAGUUGGCAAGGAGGACGCUGAAGAGCUGGUGAAAAAUGGGUGCAUCUUGGUAGCAGAGGGUGCUAACAUGCCGACCAAGCCGGAAGCAGUGCGAGUGUUUCAGGAGAGCAAGGUUUUGUUCGCUCCUGGAAAAGCAUCCAACGCUGGGGGCGUGGCAGUAUCCGGUUUGGAGAUGAGCCAAAACAGCUUGCGAACGGCUUGGACAAGAGAGGAAGUGGAUGAAAAAUUGCAGCAGAUUAUGAAGGCGAUUGACCAUCAGUGUGUCAAGUACGGGAGGCUGCCAGACGGGUCUGUUGAUUACGUAAAAGGAGCCAAUAUCGGUGGUUUCGUCAAGGUUGCUCAAGCAAUGAUUGACCAGGGACUGGUUUAGAAUAAGUGAAAACAAACCCCUGUAAUUCGUCAAAGUAGCUCAAACAAUAAUUAAGAAAGGACUGGUUUAAAAAUGCUAUUAAAGUUUGGUUUUCAUAUCUGCAUUUGCAAAACCCUCU